AUGGCCGCGCCCAGCCGGCCGUGGCGCUGCCUCCUCCCGCUGCUGCUGCUGGCAGUGCGAGUGGGAACGGGCAUGGGAACGGGAACGGCGGCGGCCGCCGGGACCCCCGGCACCGCGGGCUGCGGCUGCGGCGCCGGCCGGGCCGCCGGGGACGGGCGGGAGGCGGCGGCGCGGCGCUACUCGGCGGCGGCGGGCAGCGGGCGGAGCGCCGGGCGCGGGCCGAUGGUGCUGAUCCCGGGAGGGGUGUUCACCAUGGGCACCCAGGAGCCUGAGAUCCAGCAGGAUGGAGAGGGCCCUGCCCGCAGAGUCCACCUGGGCAGCUUCCUCAUGGACCAGUACGAGGUCAGCAACCAGGACUUCGAGAGCUUUGUCAGUGCCACGGGCUACGUCACUGAGGCAGAGAAGUUUGGUGACUCUUUUGUGUUUGAGGGGAUGCUGAGUGAAGCAGUGAAGGCUGACAUCCACCAAGCAGUGGCAGCUGCUCCCUGGUGGUUGCCUGUGAAAGGAGCCAGCUGGAGGCACCCUGAGGGCCCAGACUCCAGCAUCUCCAGCAGAAUGGACCAUCCAGUCCUUCAUGUUUCCUGGAAUGAUGCCGUGGCCUUCUGCGCGUGGGCAGGGAAGCGGUUACCCACGGAGGCUGAGUGGGAGUACAGCUGCAGAGGGGGCCUGGAGAACAGGCUUUUCCCAUGGGGCAACAAAUUGCAGCCCAAAGGGCAACACUAUGCCAAUAUCUGGCAGGGAGAAUUCCCCACCAACAACACGGCAGAGGAUGGGUACAAGGGCACUGCACCUGUCUCUGCCUUUCCCCCCAAUGCUUACGGCCUCUACAACAUGGUGGGGAACGCCUGGGAGUGGACGUCGGACUGGUGGGCUGUGCACCACUCCCCCCAGGAGCUUCACAACCCUAAAGGGCCGUCCUCGGGCACGGACAGAGUGAAGAAGGGUGGAUCCUACAUGUGCCAUAAGUCCUACUGCUACAGGUACCGCUGUGCAGCUCGGAGCCAGAACACCCCCGACAGCUCCGCGUCCAACCUGGGCUUCCGCUGCGCCGCCGACACCGCCCCGGGGCCACGCUGAGCCACGCUGACAGGGCACGUUCCUCGGGCACAGGAAGGGCUGCAUCCCACCCCAGGGAGAACAGACGUGAGCAGUGGCCCUUGCUGAUGACACACAGUGGAAAAACCUUGCUCGAAGUUCCUGCUGAGGGAAGAAAAACCAGCACCACUCAACAGCGCUUGGAGAGCCUUUGUGCUCACGAGCAAUCUGGCCUGGAUUUAAAGCCUGACCAGGGUGUUUUGGAUUCAGCUGGAACAAAACUGAGCAGAAACAUGCCAAUCAUGUUUUUAAAGGUUACUUAAUCCCAGAAUUAGGCUGGAAAAAACCUUCAGAAUUAUUGAGUUUAACCCUUAACUGAUCACCACCUUGUCAACUACAACAGCUCCUCUUUAGGCAAGAUCUUUAUUAAUUACUUUUAUUUAUGUAGAGCUUCUACAUUCAAAUGCAAUUAUCAAAGACUUCAUAAACUUCUAGACAGCUUUAAAAGAAAUUCUAAGCAGUUAGGAAAUUCUAGGCAGCUCUGAGAGACAAUGAAGGAGUCAAGAGUGAGGGCUGGGAGAUGACAGCUCUCCCCACAGCUCGCCCUCUGUUACAUUCCACUUGCAGUGAAAAUCGUGUCCAGAAAUGGGCUUCUCCUGGGGAGAUAUUUGCUGCUCUUUAGGAAGUGCCUUCUGCAGCUGAGGGUGAUGAUCCUCAGGGUGAUGAUGAUUAGAAAUCUUUUCCUAUUUGAAUAAAAUAUCAAGCAUUUGUUUA